CUGUGUUUCCCUUCGUAUAGCGAUUCUUGUGGGCUGGGCUGAGUCAAAGUCCAGGGCUGCUUUUUAGUCCCAGUCCGCCCCUGGCUGUCACCGCUGUACAUUGCAGUGCUACGGAGGCUCAGAACACUACAAACAUGCCAGGCUAGAUGCUGAAAAAAUAGCUCCAUGUCCACACAAUUUGGGACAUCAUGUCUCUUUUGCUCAUUUCCUUCCUCACAAUCCUGCUUCUUGCCAUUGUGUUGUCAUGCAUCAUAUUCCGAUGGCUAGUCAACACCCUGGCAGUGCGACUCGCCCAGACAGCGCUGAAUGCAGACUUGAAGAUCAAAUCAGUGGGACUGUUCUCCAUCCGAGGAGUCAGUAUCCAAUUUCACCCGCUGCACACUGUGGAAAUUGACCGAAUAUGGAUUUCAAGCAAACUUCUGAACAAAGAUUUACCGAGAUACCUUGCAUUGUGUGUGGGCGAAACGAGAGUUCGCUUUGACUUGCAAGUACCUCUUGGAGCACUGACAAAGAGGACAAGCCAUGGGGAGAAAACAGAGAAAAUUUCCACUAGAGCCACAAGACUUCGCUUCCUAUCCCAAUUGCUAUCAUUCCACAUCAGCUCAGUCAACGUGAUGGUCCUGAACAUGGCGCUGUCCGAGUCAUUGUGGCACAUGAACGUUACGUGCAUCACGUUGCUGCUGGAUCACCACAAUAAGAGUUGCAGGCUAGCGUGGGACUUCUCGGUGGGACAACUAAGCAGCAAAGUUCUAAAAAGCAGCCAGCUGGACAUUUGUCUGGCCGAGGUGGCAUUCAGCCUGGUAUUGUCGGGCGACGUGAGCCUCCCUGAGAUGAAGCCUGGCUCCUUGUCGCUGCGUGUCAGGACGCUGAUGGCCGAGCUGCACGAGGGCCUCUUCCUCUACCCCAUCCCGGUGACAUCAAGGACAACUCAAGAUCUGCCUGAUGAGCAAAUGCAAGAUUGCCUGGACCCCGAAUUCAUUCAAACAGAAGCCGUGGAGAAGCUGCAUGAGCUCGUUCCGUGCAAUGCCAAUGUGGAGUUUGACAACACAAAUGUGACUUUGUCAAUGCACAGCCAGAAAAGACAUUUGAACUGGACGCUGAAGUCUUUAAAAGUUUGCUACGCUCGAGACAGUGAACAGCUUCCAUUGAAGAGUUUCACCCCCGAGCUGAGCUUUCCCCAGAGCGGCCUGGAGCUCCUUCUGGAGGAUGGACUUCUUCUGUCACAAAGCCGGCAAAGAAUUGUCUGUGUAAACACGCUCAAGACAUCUUUGCAGGUCACAUCCAUGGACAUAUCUGGUUCCCUUGCCAUCAAUACUUGCAUCGUCCACUAUCGGCACCAGGAGUUCUCCCACUGGUUCAAUUUGCUGCCAUGGGGACAGUUGAUGCACAGGAAGGCAUCACGUCGAAAAAGUCCAUUCGAUAUUUUGCCCACCCUCCUCUUCCUCAGGCGCUUACCCCACCUGAAUGCACCUGUGAUGAUGAUGUGCUCAGUGUCCAACCUUAAUGUGUCGGUGCAGCUUGGAGACACCACGCCUUUCACCCUCGGCUUCCUCUCCGCCAACGCCGAACUGCAGCAUCUUCUGGACUUAAAGAUGACUCAAAACAGCCCAGAGUCUCGAAACGUACACCAGCGGGCCUCGUUAAACCUCGACAGCUUCUGGUGGCGAGUGGGCCAGGGCUCUCAUAUCCAGCAAGCCCCUCACCCUCCUGGCAAACACGUUUGGGGUGAAGCGCUCAUUCUAGACUCCCUCAGUCUUCAGGGGAGUUGUAAUCGAGCCAGUAGCGAGUUGAAUGGCAGCCCUCCGUCUCUGAGUGUGGAGUCCAGUCUAAAGGGACUCCAAGUGGAGCUGUCGGAGGCCUGUGCACUGUGUUUGUCUCGUCUUCUUACUGUCAUUUACAAUCUGGGUCAAGUGAAGCUGUCAGAUGAUCCCACACUGCCUCCCCCUACUUCCACCUUGCUGCAACCCACCUCAACCGUGCCUCUGCUUUACAAAUUGGACAUCCACUUGCAGGAUGUUAAUGUUUUUACAGUUUCUAACUUAGCAGGAGCUCUGUCUUUGCGGAUGGAUACAGUUGGAGUAAUGUGCUCGGCCGAGAGCUCCCGGGUGUCGUUGCAGGGCGUUUGCUUGUAUGCCAUCAAGAUGCUCACGGAGAACACAGAGACGUGCUGCCCUGCCUCUCAGAUUGCCAAGCCCCUAGUCAGGCUUACUGCUAUGGUGCUUUGUUACUACAGCAGCACCAACACGCUGCAGGUUCAGUGUGAAAAUGAUCUGGCUGUGAUAUGGACGCCCCCAGAUCAUAUGUUUUCAUAUCAGCACAUGACAGAAGCGCUGGAGUGCUGGCAUCUUCUCUGCAGCAAACGAAGAGAAGGGUGCAUGAUUGGACCGGUUGAAGGUGAUCAAAAAAGCUUGAGUCUGCUGUUGGAACUGGGCGGCACUAGCGUAACGGUUCACGUAGGGGAGCACAAUUAUAUCCUCCUCCAUGCCGAAGCGCUUUCCCUCUCCAAGCACGCCGGCUCAGUCCAUGCGCGCUCGCCCUCCCUGGCAUUCAAUUUCGACGGCCAUGAUAUCAUCUCCUUUAAUGGUUUGGACUUGGAGACACAUAAUGAGCUGCCGGAGAUGCAGUUGCACAGGAACAGCUUCCCCUCUUUCACCAUGCCUCACAACCGUGUCUGGGUUUUCACCUGCCCGCUCCUCUCUGUGGAGUUCCCGUACCUGUACAACUUCUCCGAAACCUUUGACAGAGCUAUUAGCGUGCAAAAAUGGUUGAAGACCCUGCAUCUCCUGCCUGGCCCACUCUUGUCUGUCGAGCAGCGCCCACCGCCGGAUCUUGUUUUCAAAAUCAGCCAGUUCUCCUUCAUCUUCCUGGACGACGUGUUUGAGAUCAAACUGCGAGACAACUAUGAGCUGAUGAAGGACGAAAGCAAGGAGAGCGCUAAGCGUCUGCAGCUACUAGACAAGAAGGUGGCUGACCUACGUAAGCAGCACGGUGAGCUUCUCCCCGCCAGGAAGAUUGAAGAACUGUACAGCUCACUGGAGAAGAAACAUAUCGAGAUCUACAUCCAGCGCUCGCGACGCCUCUACGCCAACACCCCAAUGAGAAAGUCGCUGCUGACGUGGACCAUGUCUGAACUAGAGCUGGUUGUCCUGGCUGAUCAAUCGCUUCACGGACCUGAGCGGGUCAGAGAGCAGCUGAGGGAUAUCGACAAGAUCAGCCCGUUCCCCAGAGAGGGCCUUCCAUUGGUUGUCCAGUGGUGCCGUGCUGUCAACUUCAAACUUGCUUCAUUUUUGGUGAGAAUUCGGGACUACCCGCGCUAUCUUUUCGAGAUCCGCGAUUGGUCAUUGUCAGGACGCCUGAUUGGGACAGAGCAAGAUGGACAAGCAAGGGCACGCCGAAAAGAAACCGUUCUACUUGGUCCGCCGUGGGGGGAUGUGAUGGUACACAGGAAUAUUCCUCCCCUCAAGUUCUACUAUGACUUUAAAUCUAACAUUGGCCUCUAUACCAUUGUUUGGGGGCCGUGUUGGGACCCGGCGUGGACUCAGAUCGGCCAGUCUGUUGACCUGCUCACCAAACAGACGUCUGACCCUUCGCCACUGCUCGCCUGGUGGGACAAAAGUCGCCUAUUGCUACAUGGACACUGGGUAAUGGACAUUGACCAGGCCAAUCUGCAUCAACUUGCCACAGAGGACCCUUACAACACUACAGAGAACUUGCACUGGGAAUGGAGCAAGCUCAACUUUGACUGGAACCCUGGCCAGUUUGUUUUUAAAGGAGAUUUGAAUGUCAACGUCAGGACAGCAUCAAAAUAUGACGACAUCUGCUUUCUGCACCUGCCCAAUUUGUGCAUGACCCUCGACAUGCAGUGGCUCUGCCAUGGCAACCCUCACGAUCACCAUGCCGUCACACUCUGCUCUGCCGAGAACAUUGCGGACGUGACCUCAGGACAGCCUCACGACUCCUACAGAGCAUUCCGCUCGGAGAAUCUCAACCUUUCAAUCACCAUGGACCUUAACCAGCAUAGCGGUCCAGAAUCAAGCCAGCCAAGAAUCUUGCUGUACAGCAGUACUUUACGCUGGAUGCAGAAUUUUUGGGCCACUUGGACCAGUGUGUCACGCCCCAUAUGUAGAGGAAAGCUCUUUCACAGCCUCAGGCCGGUCCGUAAGAAGCUGGGUCAACAUUACAAGCAGAUGUCCUACACAGCUGCUUUCCCACAACUACAAGUCCACUAUUGGGCGUCCUUUGCCCAGCAAAGAGGUAUCCAAGUGGAGUGUAAUAAAGGCCAUGUCUUCACUCGAGGGGCUCAGAGACUAAUUCCGCAGGCUGGCACCGUGAUGAGGAGGUUGAUCUCCGAAUGGAAUGUGACUCAGAUGGUGAGUGAACUGUCGCAGGUGACUGUUCACCUGAUGGCCUCCACGUGGGAUGAGACUGCCGACCACCAGAUCAAUGCUCAAGUGAACAAGACCCACCUGCUCAGCUUGUCCUCACUGAGCUACCAGCGUCAGAGCAAUCGCGUGGAAGAGGACAUAAACUCAAAGGACGAGACCAACGCCACGUACACUCACAAGCUGUGCCUGGUGGACCUGCGCGCCUCCUGGACCACCACCAACAGGAACAUUGCAUUCGGGCUGUACGACGGUUACAAAAAGGCCUCAGUUCUGAAGAGAAACCUCUCCACUGAGGCGCUGAAGGGCCUCCGCAUCGACACGCAGCUGCAGGCUAAGAAGCUGAAACGCUCGCCUUCAACAUACUCCCCCACAAUUGCCCCUGCCACACCGGUUAUGCCCACCCUCAGUCGAGCGGAGAAAACUUCUCAUGAGGGAACAUCAAUGCUCCAGAAGUUGAUUGAGGAAACAGACAAGUUUGUGGUGUUUUCUGAAGAGGACUCUGGGGUCAGUGACCAGCUGUGUGGCAUUGCGGCUUGCCAGACUGAUGACAUCUACAACCGCAACUGGUUUAUUGAGUUGGUCAACUGCCAGAUGAUGCUCCGUGGCACAGAGACAGCCGGCUGCGUCCUGGUGUCUGCAGCCAAGGCCCAGCUGCAGCAGUGUGAGCACCAUCCAGCCUGGUACAACGACACUCUGAAGCAAAAGACCACCUGGACCUGUCUCCUGGACGGCAUGCAGUACUUUGCCACCAUGGAGACUGACCCAUCAGAGCAGGAGGACAGGCAGCUUUGGUUGGAGGUGAAAAAUAUCGAGGAGCAUCGACAGCGGAAUCUUGACUCAGUGCUGGAGCUGAUGGAGAGUGGCCAGGCUGUAGGUGGAAUGGUUAGCACCACUACGGACUGGAACCAGCCAGCGCAGGUAAAUGAGGCCCAACAGGUUCAGCGCAUCAUCUCCCGCUGUAGCUGCCGAAUGCACUACAUCAGUUACAGCCAUGACAUCAACCCGGAGCUCGCCACGCAAAUUAAACCGCCCGAAAUGAGGAACCACCACGAGAAGGAAGACCUGCUAAAGAAACAGGCUGGUGCUGUGGACACGUUUACCCUCAUUCACCACGACUUGGAGAUAUCGACCAAUCCAGUUCAGUAUGCCAUGAUCCUGGAUAUUGUGAACAACCUUUUGCUCCACGUGGAGCCCAGACGCAAGGAGCACAGUGAGAAGAAGCAGCGUGUUCGCUUCCAGCUGGAGAUCUCGAGUAACCCUGAGGAGCAGCGCAGCAGCAUUCUGCAUCUCCAGGAAGCUGUCAGGCAACAUUUGGCUCAAAUAAGACGCCUGGAAAAGCAGAUUUACUCCAACAAUCGGACUCAACCAGAAGAUCUAAGCAUUGACGAUCUGAAUGAGAUCAACAUGCAGCUGCAGAACCAGCUCAACCAGGAGAAGAAUGACAUGCAGAUGAAGAGCGAAGAACUCAACAUCCUCAUCAGGUGCUUUAAGGACUUCCAACUGCAGCGGGCCAACAAGCUAGAGUUGCGCAAGCCGCCAGAGGACGUGAGCGUGGCAAGGAGGACUGAGAUCUACUUUGCUCAGGCGCGCUGGUGUCUCACAGAGGAGGACGGACAGCUGGGAAUUGCUGAGCUAGAACUACAGCGGUUCAUGUACAGUAAACUCAACAAGUCUGAUGAUACAGCAGAGCAUCUGCUGGAGUUGGGCUGGUUCACCAUGAACAAUCUUCUGCCCAAUGCAGCUUACAAAGUGGUGCUUCGUCCUCAGAGCGCCUGCCAAUCAGGACGACAGUUUGCUCUGCGCAUCUUCAGCAAAGUGCGUCCCCCCGUGGGUGGGAUCUCUGUCAAGGAGCACUUUGAGGUGAACGUGGUGCCCCUCACGAUCCAGCUCAUGUACCAGUUCUUCAAAAGGAUGAUGGGAUUCUUCUUCCCGGGGAGGAACAUGGAGGAGGAGGAGGUGACCGAUGAGGAGGACAAGUUCCGACUUGUCACCACGGGUAUCCCUGUGAAGACUCGUCAGUCCUCCGAGGACACCAUGGGCCCAAUGGGUCCCAGUAAAAGCGUGACCCAGGGGAUGAACCGCAGUGCCGGCGUCAGGAGGUCCUUCAGGAAACCUCUUGAGCAUCCAGUUGAUGACAUCGACAAAAUGAAGGAGCGAGCAGCUAUGAACAACUCCUUCAUUUAUAUCAAGAUUCCUCAAGUGCCGCUUUGUGUCAGUUAUAAGGGAGAGAAGAGCAGCGUGGACUGGAAGGACCUCAACCUAGUGUUGCCUUGCUUGGAGUACCACAACAAUACCUGGACGUGGUUAGACUUUGCCAUGGCAGUCAAGAGAGACAGCCGCAAGGCUCUAGUGGCGCAGAUGAUCAAGGAGAAGCUGCGUCUUAAGCCGGCUGCCGGCGGCUCCGACCCGCGGGGUAAGACAUUGGACGGGAAGGCGGACUCAGGUGUCCAGCAACAGCAGGAGGAGGACGAGAAGGCUCGGCUUCUCAUCGGCCUCAGCGCCGCCGACAAGAACUCGGGCAAGAAGAGCAUCUUUAGUCGACGCAAAUGAGUCGCCGUCACUGUAAGGGGACUGUCGUGUGAUCCUGCUGAGCUUCACUUGUAAGUGGGCAAAAAGCAAAGCCCGCGGGUGCCUGUUGAUUAUGAAUAAGACCAAACGCUAACUAAGCAUCAUCACUGCAUUUCAAACAAUGAGCACAAUUGCUUAAGUCUUUGUGUCUUCCUGCUGGCUCGGGAACACGCGUAAGAAUCUCGCCUAUGUCGUCUGCUGUAAGAAUUCCAUUAAUACAGACAAAACAAUUGACUAUUUUAUAUAACAUGUUGCAUCUCACUAAAUUAGAACAGUGCUUCUUACAUUUGAGCUAAGGCAUAUAUUUUACACUAGCAUAAUUUCAUGCCACACCUACCACCAAACAAAAAGGUUAACAUUAGAAUUUUAAAGUGGUGCCUUGAGGUAGAAAAGAUCGAACUUUUGAAAAUGCGUAUCCAAAAUGGCACAAAACCAGCAAAUAUUUUUGUUAACGUACUCCUCCCAAGAUUCCCCUUGCUAACAUGCAAAUGCCUUUCUGCAAAAUUGCAGAGAUUUACUGUAUUCCAAUUUAUUGAGAUGCAGGCUGCUUUUGUACUUUAUUUUAUAUAAUAAAGCAAGUUUACUAA